AUGUCAGACGUCGAGGCUCUGGAUGGAAGCGACGUGCGCGAGCGUCUACUGCCCGCUCGAAUACGUCGAAGGUCGCAUGAUGAAGACAAAGAACGUGAUAUCUUCACACAUGAGGAAUUGCUACAUUCAAUUGGCUCGUUCUCCGCUGUCGUGUGGCCCGUGGCCUUAACAAUGUUGCUCGCUAGUUUUGUUUCACUCAAUGUGCAAGAUCCAGCGUCAGCUCAAGCGCUUGCAGGAGCUUAUCUAGUCUAUGGACCGGACAAAGAACAGGGUGCAUCCACUGGAACAAAAGUGGAGGAUGCAGUUGUGAAUGCUCUGGUGAUUGUGUUGUUUUUCUUUGUGGCGACGUUUGUGAUUGUCUGCUGCUACAAGUUUAACUUUAACCGAAUAUUGAUUGGAUAUAUGAUGUUCUCGUCAGCAAUGUUGUUGGGUAUGUUGGGAGGCAACAUGCUAGUCAUUGUCAUCGCCAAGAUGGACAUCAUUGUUGAUGUGUUCACGCUAUUAUUUGCCAUGUACAACUUUUCCGUCGUCGGCGUGUUGACCAUAUUUUAUCAAAAGGGUACCCCUAUGUGGCUCACGCAGAUGUACUUAAUUGCCACGUCAGUAAUCAUGGCUUGGCAACUGGGGCAAUUUCCAGAGUGGAGUACCUGGGCCUUGGUGAUUGUGCUUGCAUUCUAUGACUUAUGUGCGGUGUUGACGCCGUGCGGACCGUUGAAAUGGCUCGUGAGGCUUGUACAACAGGAGGGACGCCCGCUUCCUGGCCUUCUUUACGAAGCUGAAAUUCGCCGUGAUCACUCAAGCAAUACAGCCCCACCUGUUAACGAAAAUGUGUACUAUCAGUACGAGUCAGAAGCUUCUCGUUGUCAAGGUUUGCAGGCGAAUGUGCCAGCAGUUCUUGCGACUUCUAGUCGGACUUCUUUGACACCUCAUUUGGAUCAAUUGCGUGCUCGUUUGAUUGAAUUUUACUCAAAACAUAACUCUUCUGCCAUUUCUCGCGUUGAUAUGAUUUUGGAACGGUAUCAUGGACGAGAAGCUGAGAUGUGGCAUGAUCUUUGUCAAAAGUAUAUUACUGAUGAAGGGGAGGUGGACGAAACGAUUAAACUGGGACUGGGAGAUUUUGUCUUUUACAGUGUGUUGGUAUCUCGAGCAGCCAAGUACGACUUUUCAGCGAUGAUCGGGUGUUUGGUUUCUGUCCUCAUGGGUCUCGGAGGCACUUUGUUCUUACUCGGUAUUUACCAGAAGGCACUUCCAGCGCUACCGAUUUCAAUUUUGUUAGCUGUCAUGAUGUACUUUUGGCUUCGAGUAGUGUUUGUGGAUUUUGUGAGCAGUGCGCUAAAUGCUGGCGUACCUCUAUAA